UCAGUAGACGCAGACAGUGUGGGAUUCAGCUGCAGCCCUCACUACCUCCAUUCACUUCUGCACAGUUAUUUCUCUGUGCUUGAAAGUACCCUUACCAAACUCUAUCUUCUUCUAAGAUGUUAUCACUUUGGGUUGCUCUUCUCGUCACGUCAUGUCUUCUUCUCCCUUCUGAGUCUGAGCCUGGCACACAAAAGAAACAGAGAUCGCUGCGACAAAAGGACCUGGACAUCAUAGAAAGAUACAAUGGAUUAUGUAUGCAAGGCAGCAUGGGUCCUCCUGGCCGAGACGGCACUCCAGGAGUGAAUGGCAUCCCAGGAACACCAGGAAUUCCGGGACGUGAUGGGAUUAAAGGAGAAAAGGGAGAAUGUAUGAGAGAGAGUGUAGAAGAGUCCUGGACACCCAACUUUAAGCAAUGUGCCUGGAGUGCUCUCAACUAUGGCAUUGAUCUGGGGAAAAUUGCAGAAUGUACAUUCACGAAGAUGCGCUCUCACAGUGCUUUGAGGGUCGUGUUCAGUGGCUCCCUGCGCCUUAAGUGUAAGACUGCCUGCUGCCAGCGCUGGUACUUCACCUUUAAUGGGGCUGAGUGUGCUGGCCCCUUACCCAUCGAGGCCAUUAUCUAUCUGGAUCAAGGCAGUGCAGAGAUCAACUCUACAAUAAAUAUCCACCGGACCUCAACAGUGGAAGGACUGUGUGAAGGGAUCAACGCAGGACUGGUUGACAUCGCCGUCUGGGUGGGCACCUGUUCAGACUACCCAAGAGGAGACGCCUCAACAGGAUGGAACUCUGUGUCCCGGAUCAUCAUUGAGGAGCUGCCUAAAUAAAAUGAAAAAAAGUCAAAAACCACCAUAUUUCAUGUUAGAAUACUGAAAUUGCACAUUAUCUUUUCUAGGUUUGGGAAUUCUUACCUCUUGGGGAGGGGUCUGGAUGAGCUUCUACGUACUGUACAAAUACGAUGAUACGGUGCUCACAUCAUGUUACUACAGCUAAUAAACCUGUUGUCUGAGCUGGCUUCUAGUAAAUUGCAGGACAAUUGACAUUAUCAGCUCUUCUUUAUGAUCUCACUAUGGAAUCCUUGCAUCUUGUACCUUUUAUAGUCAAUCUGUGAUGGUUGGAUUUUUUUUCUU